AUGAUGAACCCACGCUCAAUACCGUUGUUGGGUCUUGCUUUGGUCUUCCUCAGCGCUCUGAAGGUCUCAGCCCACGGCGGUGGUCAUGAGCAAGCCCCUAUCCCCGCCGACGCAGAUUGGGCAACACGGCAUAUGGCCGAGGAACAUCACAUCAACUCAUUUGAUGCCGGCUCGUUCUUCAAUCUUCACGACUACGACAGCAGUGGCACAUGGACCCCCGACGACAUUCGCAAGACCUAUGGUUUGAAAGACGAAAGCACAAAAGAGCUGGCUACUGAGAAGAAGGACGAAGUUGUGCGCAAAGUCCUGGAGCUCUUCGACAAGGACAGAAGUGGCACCAUCUCGUUCGCUGAGUUCCUCGUCGGUGAUGCUCACGGCAUCAAGCUACCCGACUUUGGCUACGGUCCCGGCCACCAUGGCGACGAUGAGUACGAGUACGAGAUCCACCACUUUGAAAAGUUUCAUGGAGACGACACGACUGAGGAAGACUUGACGCACCCCGAAGACAUUGCACACUUCCGCAAGCAUGACAUUAUGGAGCAAGAAGCAGAGCGUCAAGCAAAGCUCGACCGCAUGGAGAUUGUCGAAGCAAACAUUCCACAAAAGUUCCGCCGUCAUGGCCACUGA